CUGUGGGAGGGAAAGGCUUACGAGCAGGUCCUCUUCAGAUCAAACGUGCCCUCAGAAUGCUGUGGAGACUUACUCUCGUCAUCUCUUCUCUCCUAUUCACUCCAUAUUUUGAUGCAGUGCAAUCAAUAUAUGUCACAACAAGUCAGCCGUAUGUGGUAGUAAACAUUGGCAACAAUGCUACCCUUCACUGCAGUUACAAAACAUUCAUUGAUUCCCAGUUCACCCUUGAAUGGCGAUUUACACCAGGCCCAAAUGAAAAUGCAUUAGCUGAGAAGAUUCUUUACUAUACUGCUGGAGAAACUUAUAAACUUGGGCCUCAAGCCAAGAGAAUCAGACUGGUUGAUCAGGAGCCGACCACGGGAGAUGCAUCUAUUAUAAUUGAAAACACCAAGUCAUCUGAUACUGGCAGGUAUUCCUGUGAUAUCAACAAUCCUCCAGACUUCACUGGAAUCAGUGAGGCAUUUGUCAAUUUAAUAGUGCAAGUACCACCAUCGAUUCCAAAGUGUAAGGUGAUCGGAAAACCAUACAUAGGAAACAAUGUUACCUUGUCCUGCAGCUCAACAGAGGGUCGCCCUGCACCCUUGUACAAAUGGUCAGAGGUCAGUUCUGACACUGCUGCACCAAGGAUCACAGGAAAAGCUGUAGAUUCCAGAAAGGGCACGUUGAUUCUGAAGAACCUUACAGUGGUGGACUCAGGAGUGUACAAAUGUGUGUCAUCAAACGUCCUUGGAGAACAAUCAUGCCAGCUGGACUUGUCAGUAACAGUGAACAAUGAGGUUGGAGUGAUUGUUGGAGCCCUGUUUGGUAUUCUUGUGGCUCUCAUUCUGAUUGCCAUUGUUGCAUACUAUUUACUUCAUCAUGGGAAGAAGACCAAGGAAUUACAGAUUGGACACGAGUUGAGAGAGGAUGCGGUGGCUCCAGGUAACGAAACAAACACCCAUUUACUGGAAUCAUCUGCACCCAACGAAGGAACCAGGCCAAACAGCAUGAACUCAAAGUACAAUAUUGUUGUGUGACUUCUUUCGAAAUUCCAGCACUGUACUUCACAAAACUGAGAAAUGAAGAUGUUGAAAUUUUUAACAAUAUCUUAAUUGCCUUUUUAUAUUUGUUUUUGCACCACCAAAUGUCUUCAUAUACAUUGUUUUUCUUGUUAUAAAACUGAUUUUUGACUCCGAUUUUAACAAUUGCUCAAUUAUUUAAAUAUACAUUGCUUAAGGAAUGAAGGCCAAAAAUCACCCAUCUGUGAACUUGUCCUUUGCUUUGCCUGCUACUGUACAAAUCUGCAUGUGAUCAGCUUUAGGAUCAUAAUUCCUUUCAGGUAAUGAAGGUAACU